UGAAAGCCUGAAUAAAUCUCAGAAAAACAUUGUAGACUGGGGCCUCACUGCGGAUUACAGCUUUUGGAGGUUGUACGCUGACCUUGAAGAGGAGAUCAUACAACCUGCUGCAAGAGGCAACGUUGCUGAAACGAAUACUUUGAGUUACGUCAUCUGUCGCUGUCAUAGCCGGAUUACGCACCCGUCGCAACACUCGUACGCGCCCAGGAAGCAUAAGAAAUGAGAGUAGCCGUAGUCGCCCUACUUCUCCUGGUUUUCACACCCAUUGCUAUAGAGGCGGGCAUUGGUCGUGCUAUCGCCAAGAUUCUCGCAAAAAUACCAAGAGCCCUGAAAGUGGUGACAUUAUUGAGACCAAGAAAAUCGAUCGUCCGUGUGCUUCUCGGAAGUCGACUGCAGACGUCGACGCUACUUGGCCUGGAUGCAAUUAACACUGCUUUGGAUUUUGUUCCGCCUCCAGGCGGCUUUCAGUCAGGACCCGAGGGAUACAGAGGGCCUGGCAUCUCAGGCCAAGCAAGAGAGUUGAAGGGCGGCUACAUGUGGAGAGAAUGCACUUCGUGCAAGUGCAUAUUCUCGUUCAACGCUUCUUUUUAUGGAACAAAGAUUGGCUGCACGGCAUCGGCGAGACUGAAAUGUACGUGCGAACCGAACGCCUGCAUAGAAGAAAGAAUAGCGGAGUGUGCAAAUGAAGUGGCUGCCAAGCCAUUACGCUAUGUGUAGCGGAAACCUCUUCCUAACAAAUAUGUCUAUAAAUAUAUGGCAAAAUGA